UGGGAUCUUGAACUACUACGGUGACUGCUGCCUUGGCAACAUGAACAGGUUGACUUAAUGAAUGACGUUUGCUACUGAGCCAGAUAAUGGACAUGUCUCUUAAAGGUUGCGUUUUAACUCAGAUAAUGCUACUUCUGCUUGCACUCAACCUCAAAUGCACAUCUGGGCACUGCUAUACUCGGUGGCCAUCCUGUGGUAAUAUAAAGAAUAUUGUAUGCUUGACAGAUUAUGGAAAACCGGCCCCAAGCUGUGAGAUAAUCCAUGGUCAACCCAAAUUCAGGAAAGCUAUCGUAGAAACCCACAACUACUACCGUAAUCAUGUAGCAAUAGGUAACGAGACUCGAGGUGCCUUCAGACAUAUUGCUGACAUGAUGGCCAUGUCAUACGAUUCUGACCUUGAAUUUACCGCCCAGUGUCAAGCGGCAAAGUGCAUAUAUGACCAUGAUGCUGAAUGCUUUAGAACUGAAAUGUUCAGUGAAGUUGGACAGAACUUAAAUGGAAGAGUCUAUGAGGAAGGAGAUAACCGGACCUUUGGUUUGAUCGAAGAAACCAAAAAAAUGGUUUCCGAAUGGUAUGAGUACGAAAUUACUGAAAGUAAUGAGAAGGUGUUCCAGGACUUCAGCAGACUGAAAGCGGUGCUGAUUGGAUAUCUAUACCAAAUGAUAUGGGCUGAGACAUACCGCGUUGGAUGUGGAAGAAGUAUUCAAGAAAAGAAAUACUAUAUGAUGAUAUGUAACUACGGUCCUAGAGGUCUCAGAGUGACAAAGCCCUUAGGAAGGAUAGGACGGCCUUGCACAAAGUGUCCAGAAACAAUCUCAUGCAACCAGGCUUAUCCAGGGUUAUGUGGAGAAAUUGACGAAAGUCAUUAUUCCGUGACAGUUAGUGGUGGCGUCAAUAUAAUUUGCAGUUCAUUGAAUCUACGGAUUGUAUUAUUUUGCUUGGUGAUAACCACAACAUCGAUGUAGAAUUCAAUAUGAGACGAUAGUUACGUUAACAAAUAAAACAUGUGAUCAUAAAAUAGAGCAAAUUUUAG